GCAAGCAGCAUGUGUGCGGUAGGGUGAUCUGUGUUUUAAGUGAGUGAAAUUCUCGUUUUCGAAAAUGAAUGCGCACAAUCAAGGAUCCCAGCGCUUCGCGGACUAUUUUGUUAUUUGUGGACUGAAUUUGGAUUCAGGACUUGAACCAGACAAUUUUUCAGGAGACAACUUGCAAACUACGCCUUUGGAUCGUUCGUACAAAGCACAAGUACUUGCUCAUUACCCAGACAAUGUUCCUUGGAAUCCAUUUGAUGAAAAUGCUGUUUGCAUGUUGUGCCUGCCACACGGUCUCCAGUUCCGCACACAGAAACACUGCAUUGAGCCACGCUUUCACAGCUUCAUUAUCACAAGAGAAGAUGGGAGUCACAGCUAUGGCUGUAGUUAUAUAUUUUAUGAGGAAGUUCGCAAUCGAAAAAUAUGUAGUGCCAUGCAAACAUUGCAGGCAAUGCACUUAACAGAAUUAUCAAGCAGUCAUCGUAUUCCACAAUCUCGCUCAAGAAGACAGGGUAGGCUAGCUGCUGAUGGCUCACACAAUACUCGUUCUCUUCCAAGACACUUCAAACUUUCAAUGCACCAUCCUGCAGCAGCCCAGAGCUACUAUGAAGCCGCAAAGGACACACUGUAUGCAUCAAAAAGCAUUGCUAUCAUCUCACAGUUACCAUAUGUUCGUGCUACAAAACUUUUUCUGGAAGGACUGUACAGAUGUGCUGUGGAACCAAAUGCUUGUAGUGUGAGCCUAGAGAGCCAUGUGCACAACCUUCUAUUUGAGACUCCAUUACCACAGCCUGGUCGCAGUUUGCGUUUCUCCUGCCCGUACAGUGGUGACCCCAUUAUAGUACAACGCCCAAGCUCUAUUGAGGAGUUGCCUCUGUUUGACCUGCCAAUUCGACAGCUCUUUGAACUUUUGGGAGUUGAAGGUGCUGUUCAGCUUUUCACUUGUGUGUUGCUGGAAAACCAGGUGCUUUUAUGUUCCUCAGAUUAUCAGAGGCUUAUGGUGGUAGCGGAAUCUGUAACGUGUCUGCUGUUUCCAUUCACCUGGCAGCAUGUCUAUGUGCCAAUUCUACCUGCAUCUCUGCAGCAUUUCUUGGAUGCUCCAGUUCCGUUUGUGAUGGGAUUACAUAGUGGUGAAGCACAACAACGAAUUGUAUCAGAACAACAGGGCAAUCUAUGCUUUGUCGAUAUUGAUCAGAGGAAAGUGCAGCUGCCUGAGGAACUUCCUAGCUUUCCACAAAGGCAAGAGUUUAUAGUGGAAUUAGUGGAAGUGCUGAAACAAUUCAGAGUGUCAGCAGGGACAUUAGAUUUAGCCAAUGUGUCUGGUGGUCAGGGUGAUAUCAUGACAUCAAGCUGCAUCCUUCCAUCUCAGUCACAAAUCCAGCCACGCCGCAAGCACUCUUGGUCUCACGAUUCAGAUUCUGGUGUAUCUGAUGGGUCACACUCGUCAUCAGGUUCACCUCAGUCUGAUGCGCUCCAGAGAAUUGUUGCAAUUGUACGGAGCAAAGGUGUGGGAGUGGAUGAUAUUGUUGAUGGAAACCUUAAUAAUGACUGCCGUGAUCCAGAUUAUGAACUAAAUGAACAUCAGCAGUACGUUGAAGACUUGCGGUUUAACAAUGCAGUCAGAGAAAUUUUUCUGAAUCGCUUUGUAAACAUUUUUUCGGCAUAUGAACAUUUUGUUAUUCCACCAAACCAGGAUAAGGAGCAGUGGUUAAGUGACAGGGAUUCCAUGCAAAACUUUGACAAAGCUACUUUCCUGGUUGAUCAGCCUGAACAACAUUUGCCCUUUCUUUCACGUUUCAUAGAAAGCCAGAUGUUUGCUACGUUAAUUGACAACAAGAUCAUGACCACUUGGAGUGAAGUGGACACCAAUCUUAGAGUAUUUGAUAGACGAAUAAGGCUUCUCAGGAAAAGGUUUGGAGAAGGUUUUGUGAGAACACCAGACUAUGAGCACUGCACUACGAUACAGGACUCGCAACUACUUCUAGAGAAGCGCCUAGCAAAUGUUGAUGUAGUGGUCUCUCCACCCCAGGAAAUUGUAACUUCGCGUGUGACUCCGAGCAGAAAUACUGGUGGUUUUCCACUCUUGGAUGCUUCGGUCCUCAAAGAGCCACCUCACAGGUUACGCAAACGAAUAACUAACACACCUAGAUGGCACCAGAAGGAACGGCAGCUAUCGAUUGAUGGGGAUCAAUCCAUGGACAGCAUGCGACCGCCAAGAUUUGGCACAGAUUUAAGUCCUGCUCUUAUUGCUCAAACGAACUGGUCCUUUGUUGAAAAACUUCUUAAGGAUUGUAAAAGCAAGACAAAGCGCAUGUUGGUGGAGAAGAUGGGAACAGAAGCUGUUGAACUUGGUCAUGGUGAGGUCUCACUUGUAGGUGUUGAAGAAAACACACUCAUUGCUAGCCUGUGUGACUUGCUGGAACGAAUAUGGUCACAUGGCUUACAGAAUAAACAGGGAAAGUCUGCCCUUUGGUCACAUCUCACAAAUUACCAGGAGUUGGAGGAAUGCAACGAUACAUCAAAACCAAUUGAUCCCAAUUUCCUCACACCAGACUUAUCAUCUAUGGCACUGGAAACAGAUCUGACUCCACCCCAGACCCGAAGUCGAGAUCGACAUAAAACAUCUGAGCCAGCGUCACCUAGUGAAAGGAAGAUAUUGGAGCAACCAAUGUUAAAACCUCUCCCUAUAUCCCUCACAUUUGAUAUGAGAAAUGUGCAAGCCAUGUCAGAUGUAAAAACACAUAUUGGCUAUGCAAGAGCGUGGGUGCGACUGUCUCUGGAGAAGAAGCUGCUCUCACGUCACUUGCGAACUCUCUUGUCAGAUACUGCUCUUCUGAGGAGCCUUUACAAGAGAUAUGCAUUUCUUCGUUGUGAAGAUGAGAAGGAACAGUUCCUAUGUCACCUCCUAACUCUGAAUGCAGUGGACUAUUUCUGCUUCACAAAUACAUAUACAAAUACUAAAAUGCCAUACCGUGUGGUGAUAUUCCCAUCUCGUAAAGCUAGUGCUUCCACUACUACAGCCAACGUAUGGGUAGCAGUCUCUGGGACACUUGGAGAAACGUCACAUGUUCCUGUACCACGAGGUUCCUUGGAGUUUGUUUUUCAUCACAAGAACCUGGGCCUACUGACAACACUUCGUAUUGGGCAUGACAACAGUGGUCCAUCACCAAGAUGGAUGAUAGAACAUGUAGUAGUCAGGAAUGAAAUUGCAGGCCAUACAUAUAAGUUUCCAUGUGGUCGAUGGCUUGGUCGCGGCAUUGAUGAUGGCUCAACAGAAAGAUUAUUGGUAGGAGAACUGGUUCCCCGUCAUGUAGGGAGUGAACAAUUGGCAGAGACCUGCCGGACACCGCCUCGAUGCCGUAGUCCUUCAGUGCCACGGCGUCCAUCAGAAACGCGUCCCUCUCCAGAAGAUAUACAACAGAUGCUUGGUGAUGCAGUCAACAGCAUAGUGAAGUAUUACUACCGCCGCAGAUAUGAAAAAGACCGUGGGAGGCUAACUCUGCUAUUGUGCGGAGAAAUGGGUCUUGUUUAUUGCCUUGAACAAGCGUUUUUAGUGGGUUUCAGAUCAGUUCGCUUGUUUGGAAGGAACUUGUAUCUCUGGGAUUACUUUGUAAGAGCAAGAGAGAACCUCCAAGAACAAGUUCAUUUAGGAGAUGAGACAGUUCUGUGCUACUGCAACCUUGUGGACCAAGUAGAUAACUCCAGUCAGUCUCUUGGCAAGGAUGGAAAAUUUCAGCUUUUUAUAUGUCUAUGUGCAAGGGAACAUCUUCUAAGCCGCAUGCUGCAGCCACUGUCAUUAACACGCGCUACACUGGAUAUGUAUGAAGAGCAGUCUUUCCUACGGAACCCACAGUACAGGACCUUCCUCACUCAGAUUCUUCAUUCACUUGAUGAAUUUGAUAUUGUGCUGGAAAACUCGAUCACAAAGGAUAUUGGACAAUGAAGGGCCUUUGAAGUGUAAAUGUCUGCCUACUGCUAGUCCAUAUAGUGUGGAUCUCAUCUCAGACAGUUCCUUCUCACUAUGCAGAGAGGCCCCUUAAUUCUUCUUAUAUGAGGAAAUGACUGUGAAGUAGUUUUGAAGUCAUCGUGUACCUGAUAUGUAUAUGUUUAUGGCCUGUCAUAUUUUACAUGCAGCUGGCAGUGAUGCCUGAUGUGGACAGGUCUGAAACAUAGAAAUUACUGUGAAAAUUAAAUUUAUGUAUAUGUUGUAACUGAGUAAACAAGAAUUGAUGUUUAUAUUCUAGUUACCAUUGUGAAAUUUUUUUAUUAUACUCUGUUGUUAGUUCCUACUACAUGACAACAAUGAUUAAUUUUGUGAAUAUUAUUACUCUUUCAGUGAGUAGAUGAUGUCUUUCACAAUAGUAAUUUUGUUUGCAUUACUCAAAAAAUGUGCAUUCAUGCUGAUACUCAUUAAACAAAAAUGACCGACUAUUUGGCAAAUAAUAAUGUCAAAAUGAACUAUUUCUGGGUGCUUUUGCUUUUAAAUUGCCAGCUAAUAUUAGCACUUGAUUUGGUAGAUUUGAAAGCCAAGUAAGAAUCUCUUUCAGAAGUUUUAAGUUGUUGGUUGGUUUCAGGUUGCUGCCCCUGGCAAUCUCUUAUAAGAGUUGAGGACAGUGGACAACCACUGAAAUUUUCAAGUUCUCCAGGUUCCUUUAUAGACAACUCUAAUACAUUACCAUGGGAAGUGUUACUCCAAUACAGAGAUAAAACUAUGAGUCUAGGGAUCUGUCUGAUUCUCCCCUUCCUGAUAGAAUGAGUAUUUUCUCUCUGUAUCCUGGCUUCUUUCAAAAUUAUCUUUAUAUUUUAAAUGUCCCAGUGUCAGGGUGCUGUGGCUCUCUGUGUGUCUAUGGUAUGUGUCCACAUUUGUUUUUUGUGAUAAGAGCCUUUUUGAAAUGACACUGAUGUGUAUGGCAUCCUACAGAAUUAAAUUACUUGUAGCAGUAUAACUGUACUUACAUAUGACUACUAGUAGGUUUUUUUUGGUUAGUGAGGUAAAAACUGACAUCAUGAGCACUGAAAAAAUUCAAAAUUCUGACAUGUCCUCAUACUGUUUGCCCAAGAUGCAACAAAGAAUCUGAGUUACUAUUGACAGUACAGCUUUUUCUGAAAGUGGGACCACUGAGUUAAAUUAAAGAAUAGGGAUACAUUUGUAUAGUCAAAUGGACUGAACAAAAUUAUUUUGAUACUCAGGGAAUAUUCUAACAUCAACAAAAAAUUUCCGUAUUUCUCUUGAUAUUAUGAAUGCAUUGUGAAAUGUGGUGCAGAUGUGUUCACAAAGCUAAUUUGGUUCUUUAGUGUACUAUUCACUUGUACGCUCCUAAUUUCAGAACGCCACAAAAAAAGCUUUCUUUGAAAACAUUGAAUCAGGGUCCGUACUUAGAAUAAAAUGCUUCAUUGUAAAUUUCAGACAGCCAACAUAUGACAUGGAAGAUUGUUAAUUAAUUUCAUAUUUUUAUAUUGAUGAACUGACAGUUGAUACGCACAACAAAUUGUAAUUGAUAUAUUUUUUAUUUCUUUGUAAUAAUCCACUAGAGAAAUCGUGUGUCUCCUAUCCCAAUAAACAUUUGAUGCCUUUUUGUUGUAACUAAUUUAAUAAGUUUACUGUGAAUGUGUGGUUAAUUUCUGUAAACUAAAAUGUAAGCUUGUUGACUUGUGGCACUUCCUACUCUCAUGUCAGAAAUGUAUGUGAAAUGGAGUCAACCUCUGUAUGAGACUAUUCAGAUAAAUGAUUAAUAAUAUUUGGGUCUUUGAUUACUCUUUUUGUGGCUCAGUGUAGUUAUCCAGACAGAAAUACAUGCAUAUGUCAUAUUAAUAUGAAAAACUUAAAUGAAUUUGUACAGUCUACCCAAAUCUUAAAAUGGGGAAGGCGAGACAUAUGUGGUUCACCCUUCUCUCCUCGAACAAUUCAUGAGUAAAGUUAUGAAGACAGAUACCUGUUAUGUAGAUGCCUUUGUUUAUUUCACACAUCUUUCCUCCCUAUUAAUACAAAACAAUGAUUUCUUUUCAGCUUCUGAAUGCCGUUGUUAUUUUUAAUGGACAGGGAUCUAAUGUAACUGAACUCAUGAAUAUGGAAUUGUACAGAACUCUGCACUGGGAUAUAACUGCUGUUGUUUGCUAAUCAGGCAAUAAACAUGACAGUGGUUUGUAGAGGUUAAAUAUUAGUGCCUGGAGCAUCAGCUCCUAUGUUGUGUAACAUGCUCUUUCUCCUGUACAGAUGGUAUCAGUGUAUUUCACAUUGGUGCCCAUUUUGUACUUUCUAACAGAUACAACGUAUCUGAAAUGUGGAACUUAUAAUCAGUGUCAUCGUCAUAAUUGGCUUGUUUUUCUGUGUUUUAUUGAAAUAGUGACUGAUGUGAUUCCCUUAAAUCCACACCUUCCUCUCAAUUCAGCUAUUAUUCACACUUUUUCUUUCAGUUACUGUUAGUAACUACGCUUGGAUUGACUUUAUGUAUAUGCUUAUGAGAUGGUGUUGGGUCUUUUCACUCCUUCAAUGUCAGAUAUGCCUUAUAAUUUCCGAGUAGAUUUCAGCACUGCUCUCUUUUUUUUCUGUUCUGUUGCUGUGUUUGUUAUCAUACAAGAAGCAAAGAUCAAAAGUAAAAUCUAUGCAUCUAUGCAAGAAGUAUUUGUAUUUUAGAAAAGCAUUUUAAUACAGAUACAACUUUGGGAUGUCAUUUAGAUAUUAGAUGCCUGCAUCAGAUAAGACCUAAUUUGUGUAACCUGAGAUCUUUUCCCAGUAUGCCAUACACAUCACUAUAUAAAUUCUUAAUAAUAUACCAAAAUUUUUUAUUUCAGCUGUUAUGAUUUUCUGGUCACAUAGCAAUUGUGUACAAGUUUUCAGAUCUGUAUUUUGGAUAAAGUUUGCGAUAUUAAAAGUACUUUUUGUAUUUAAUACAUUCACUGGAUUCCUGUAUUUGAUGAAAUUCAUAUACAUGACUGUUCUAGAAGCCAUCAAUUUAUAUAUCCCUAGCAAAUACUCGGGACUAUGUACAAACCUUGAAAAUAAUUUUCAAGUCUGUGAUAAAAUGUAUUAUAAGGUUGAUUCACCUUUACUGAGAACUGCAUGUUCAUUCCACAAUCAUCAAAUCAUUGUUUGAUAAUAUCCAUUUUACCCUUCUGUACAUGCCAUGUCUGUGCUUUACUUGACGUAUUUCUUAUGGAAAUAAGUAUGUUUUUAUGACAGCUUUACAGUGAACGUGUUUAGUAAAAGAUUUUCUAUUUAUGAGAAUUACAUUUAUCAAAAUAGAACUGUGUCCUCUAUUAAAUACUCUAGCUCAGUAAAUUCUACUUGCAUUUACAAUGCUGAGUUAAAGCCAUACAUUAAGAUACAGAUAGCUUUAAAAAUUAUUGUUAUGUAACAGAAAGGAACAGUGUAUCAUCCAUAUCAUUCUUCUAUUUGAUUCUUAAAUGUACACUUUUAAAAUGUAAAAUUUGGAUGGCAUCAUUUCUCCCAUUAGUAUUCUUUGUGAAUGUUGUACAUGUACAGUGUCUAAUAAAUUUUAUGUCAUUUCACAACAAAUUUUACUUGUGA